CUCCGCAAGUAGUAGUCUAUCGAGUUCUCUCUGGAAAAUAUCAGGAUGUCGUCAAACAAGGCGAUAAAUAACGUUAAACACAUCCCUAAGGAUGCCCAGGUCAUUAUGUCGAUACUCAAGGAGCUGGGUGUGACAGACUACGAGCCUCGGGUGAUUAAUCAGCUACUGGAAUUUACAUACAGAUAUGUGACCUGCAUCCUCGACGAUGCGAAGAUCUAUGCAAAUCAUGCAAAGAAGAAGUUUAUCGAUCCGGAGGAUGUCAAAUUGGCAUCGCAGAUGGUACUGGAUAAAACUUUUACCAGUCCACCGCCGAGGGAUGUUCUGCUGGACUUGGCACGUAGCAAAAACACCGCUCCUCUGCCCCUGAUCAAACCCCAUUGUGGUUUGCGUCUACCUCCAGAUCGCUACUGCCUGUCAUCGUGCAACUACAAGCUGAAAGCGACGGCUCCCACAAAGAAAAUCAUCAAGCCUUCAAUUGAUUCACGACAGAAUCCACCGAAGCCUCCGGGAAAAGUUGCAACUCCCACCAAUAUCACUGUGAAGCGUCCACCGUCAAUUACCACAGUUCCCAAGACACAGGUGGUCACCACCAUCCCCAAGCCCGUGUUCAAAUUCAGCUCGGCAAAGCAAGUGACAAAGCCCAAACCUGGUCAGCAAUCCAUAAUCAUCUCGGAUGAUGCUGCAAUGAUCAAAGUCGAAGAGGAGGAUUCCCUGGGAAUGCCUACGAAGAGACGGAGAGAAGAUGAUGACUUCGAGGUCGUGCCCUAGAUCUUUUUUUCUCUAUCCAAUUUUGAAGUCCCCAGAAAUGGGGAAAUCCCUUUCCGGAAACAUUUUUUUUUGGCAAAUAAAAACAUUUUAUUGACAA